AUUGUUUCUUUCGUUUUGCCCAAGAAAUAAAAAACCGCUCAUGUGACCUAACUCCCUCACCACGCACCUACUCUUCCUUUAUAUGACCCUCAAUUAGCAGCCACUCUCCUCACUAAAUUUCUCUGUUUAAGCUUAUCCCUCAAAUCUCCCCUCUUAAUUCAAAAUCUCCCCUCUGUUUCCCGGUACUAUCAACAACAAUGGCAUGCGAUAAGAAGAUUAAGAUCGGUAUCAACGGAUUUGGAAGGAUCGGUCGUUUGGUUGCUAGAGUUGCUCUUCAAAGAGAUGACGUGGAACUUGUUGCUGUUAAUGAUCCUUUUAUCACUACUGACUACAUGGUUUUUUUUUUUUUAUAUGAUACAGUUCACGGUCGCUGGAAGCAUAGUGAGCUCAAGGUUAAGGAUGAGAAGACCCUUCUCUUUGGUGAGAAGGCUGUCGCUGUUUUUGGCAUCAGGAACCCAGAGGAGAUCCCAUGGGCUCAAGCUGGUGCUGAGUUUGUCGUUGAGUCCACUGGAGUUUUCACAGACAAGGACAAGGCUGCUGCUCACUUGAAGGGUGGUGCCAAGAAGGUUGUUAUCUCCGCCCCAAGCAAAGAUGCACCAAUGUUUGUUGUGGGUGUAAAUGAGAAGCAGUACACUCCAGAUCUUGACAUUGUUUCCAAUGCUAGCUGCACUACCAACUGUCUUGCCCCCUUGGCCAAGGUUAUCCAUGACAGGUUUGGAAUUGUAGAGGGUCUUAUGACUACAGUUCACGCGAUUACUGCCACUCAGAAAACUGUUGAUGGUCCAUCAAUGAAGGACUGGAGAGGUGGAAGGGCUGCUUCCUUCAAUAUCAUUCCUAGCAGCACUGGGGCUGCCAAGGCUGUUGGAAAGGUUUUGCCAGCACUUAAUGGAAAAUUGACUGGAAUGUCCUUCCGUGUUCCUACUGUGGAUGUCUCUGUUGUUGACCUCACUGUCAGGCUUGAGAAGAAGGCAACAUACGAGGCUAUCAAAUCUGCUAUCAAGGAGGAGUCUGAGAAUAACCUCAAGGGUAUUCUGGGUUACGUUGAAGAGGAUAUGGUGUCUACUGACUUCAUUGGUGACAGCAGGUCAAGCAUAUUCGAUGCCAAGGCUGGAAUUGCUUUGAACGAUAACUUCGUCAAACUUGUCUCUUGGUAUGACAAUGAAUGGGGCUACAGUUCACGCGUGAUUGACUUGAUAGCUCACAUGGCCAAGACUCAAGCUUGAAGCUGAAGCUGAAGCAUGGAUGAUGAGUUGA